AUGGGACGCGGGGGCGGAGUGGUCUCCUACCGGCUGCUGAAGCUCCCGGAGCCACUGUUGGAGAAGGACCCUGCAGUCGGCGGAGCGGCCGCGUCGAGCGACUCGGAGACGUCGGAGAGCGACGACGACUGGAUCGUUGACGGUAAGGGAGACGCCAAGGCGCGCGAAAGCAAGCCGUCGGAGAAAACGGCUCGCAAUAACCGCUCGUCGGGUAGCGAGGCCGAGAACAGGAGCGCCUCGCGUCGGGCCGGUCUGAGCCCGAGGAGGGCGAAGUCUCGGACUCUGGCGGCGGUUCCUCGGCUACCGGCCGGCUGCAGUGGCAGCGAAGACGACGAUGACGACGAUGCCGAAGAAGAGGAGUUCAACGACGGCUACGACGAGAAACUCAAGGGCGCUCGAGGUCAGUGA